CGAGAGGCCGGAGGGCGAAGGGGGCGGGGCGGGGCGGGGCAGCGGUGGAAGCGAUGCGGUACAACGAACGGGAGCUGCUGUCGCUCUCCCGGCAACCGGCCGAAAAGGCGGCGGAGGUUCUCAUGCGCGCCCCCAAGAAAGGAAGUGCCUUGAAGAAGCGCCUGGUGAAAUUAGUGGUCAAUUUUCUCUUUUACUUCCGAACAGACGAGGCUGAGCCCAUUGGUGCUUUAUUGUUGGAACGCUGCAAGAUCAGCAAAGAAGAAGAAAAUGUCUUUUCCAUCAGCUUCCUCGAAGAGCCAGAGAGGAAAUACUACUUUGAAUGUGAUACAGAAGAGCAGUGCCAGGAAUGGAUUGAGGUGCUUCGCAAGGCCAGUUAUGAAUUCAUGAGAAGCAGCUUGAUCUUUUAUCGGAAUGAGAUCCAGAAGAUGACCGGGAAGGACCCCUUGGAGCAAUAUGGCAUCUCAGAGGAAGCCCGUUUCCAGUUGGGGGCACGGAAACUUUAAUCCACAUAAAGGUGAACACAGGAACUCCACUGCUGAAAUGUCGACAGAGUAAAUUCUCUAUUUUUUUUUUUUACGAACUUUAAGGGAGAGGAAAGGGAAUGUUUCUCUUUAAAAAAAAAAACAUACCCACACUGUCCACACUUGCUGUAUCUCUUCUGCUGCUUUGUGAUCUCAGUUUUGCUACUACCAAUAGCCACCUCUGUAAUGAAGAUUACUGAUAAGGAGGAUCAGUUUUGUGGUUGGGUUAAUUGAAUCAGUCCUGCCUCUAUCAUAUACAGGUGCACAGAGCAAGUACAGUUGUAAAAAUAAAGGAAAUGGGGAAAGGGAGCUUCACAUUUGGAAGAAGGCCUCGGAUUUUAAUUCUUUUUAAUCCCCUUUGGUAAGGCAGGGAGGUUUUAGUGACAAGAUGACAAAACGUGUCAUCAACAGAGAUGAAUUUAAUAGGUAGCCCAGCUCUGCUGUGUCCACUCCCAAAUUCAGACUGGUCUUCCUACCAUCUCCUUGCAUUGGCCAGCGAUUUCUCCCAGGUACAAAAUGGAUAGGCAGUCCUUAACUUAUUCUUGAUGUGAGGUACUUUUUAAGUGGAAGGCUGGCUGGCAAAUGGACACAGCAAGCACUCUGCCUCUUUGAAUACAGGGGUGUCGGUGUUAAAUCAGUGAUCAAAAUAAGUAGGCCCAGGUUUGCUGAUCUAAAACAAUAGAUUCAACAGACGUUCAGCCUUUGAUGUGGCAAACAGAUCAUUUGGCAGCCCUUACAGUCAGUAGUGAUUAUUUCCUGCAAGAAUAAAAAGGGAAGACUCUUUUCAAUCUUACAUGCUUGGUGUUUAGGUUGGGUGACUAGUGGUUCAUAGCAGCUGUGAAGAUGUACUCCUGAAGCGUCUGGUGUUUGUAAAAUUUCUCCCUGUAUCCACCACAUUCUUGGUGUUACAGUGUCUUUCUGUUGUUUCCUCCAGUAUCUUUCUUGUCCAACUUUGGGAACUGGCAGCUGAAUGUAUUUUAAAACCUGCUGUGAAAUUUCUUCAGGCAUUUUGAAAGUUUUCUUAAUUUUUAUCAA